UAUGCAAGAACUCUCCCCUCCCUUCCCGUGGAUAUUAAAGUGAUAACAAAUCCGCGCGUCCGAAUCACAAUUUGUUCUCGACCGUGACGGUUGAGAUGCGCGAAUGUAUUGGAGGGAGUGGAACAAAAACAUAAUUUCGAUGUCUAGAAUGGUAGUGAGUCAUUGUGAAAGUGUGACAUCACCUUAGAAUAGAACGGAUCACCUUAGAAUAGAACGGAUCAACCACGAAAACGAGGAAACGGGAAAGCAGGAAUCAUGGAAGUGCUGGAUCCCAGCGUCUCCAGAGACGAUCAGCCUCUUUGUGUCAACGUUUCCUUGGAACGAGUUAAUUCAUCACAAAUACCAACUGAUACGAAAUCAUGUGUAAAAGCACGCCAUACAUUGGGUUUUCUGGGUUUCCUUGGUUUUGCUCUAGUAUAUGCUAUGAGAGUCAACUUAUCAGUAGCUAUUGUUUCCAUGGUUAAUCAAACAGCAAUACCGCAUACUGAAGACAAUGAUACUAGCGAUGUUUGCCAUAAAAUGAAGCCAAUAAAUGGAACCUUCAUACCGAGUGCAGGAGAAUUUGCAUGGAAUGAGAAGACUCAAGGUAUCAUAUUAGGUGCUUUUUUUCUUGGCUAUGUAACUACAAAUGUUCCAGGUGGUAGGAUGGCUGAAAAAAUGGGUGGCAAGUUAAUUUAUGGUCUCGGGGUGUUUUUGACAGCUGUGUUGACUGUAGUAAGUCCUUUUGCCGCAUAUUGGGGUCUGAUACCGUUUCUAGUUGUGCGAGUUGCAGAAGGAUUUACCGAGGGUGUAACAUUCCCUGCAAUGCAUAGUAUGCUAGCGCAUUGGGUACCUCCAUUAGAGAGAAGUAAAUUUGCUGCUAUAGUUUAUGCAGGUGCAAAUUUUGGUACUGUUGUGUCGCUACCAGUGAGUGGCUGGCUAUGUUCUUUAGAAUUAUGGGGCGGUUGGCCCCUCGCAUUUUACUUGUUUGGUGGACUUGGUAUCUUGUGGUAUGUAUUCUGGUUAACAUUUAUAUAUGAUACUCCAGCACAACAUGCAAGGAUCGAUCCUUCUGAGAAAGCCUAUAUCGAAGCCAGUGUUGAAAAAAAAGAUGAGGAUGACGAUCCGGGAGUACCUUGGCUAUCCGUUUUCAUGUCUCUACCUAUGUGGGCUAUCACUAUCACGCAAUGUGGGCAAUCUUGGGCCUUCUACACUCUCUUGACCGAACUACCAACGUACAUGGAUAAGAUCUUGCGUUUGAAUGUGCAACAGAACGCCUAUUUAUCGGCGCUGCCUUAUCUGAGCGCUUGGUUGGUGGGUCUUGGUAUCUCAAGCUUCGCGGAUGCUCUCCUUGCUCGUCGUAUGAUAUCACCAUUGGCUUCGUUUAAGCUGUGGAACACUGUAGCCUCAUUAGGUCCCAGUCUUAGUUUUGUCGGUGCUAUCUGGGCUGGUUGCGAUCGUAUGACAGUGAUGCUAAUGCUCGCCGGAUUAGGUUCUCUUCAAGGGGCGGUGUACGCUGGAAAUCAGAUGAAUCAUAUUGCGUUAGCUCCGCGUUAUGCUGGUACUCUGUACGGAUUAACCAAUGCCGCGGCAAACACGUGCGGUUUCUUGGCGCCAUAUGUAAUUGGCAGUAUAGUUGAAGGACAUGAGACUCUCGCGCGCUGGCAUACGGUUUUCUGGAUGGCAGCAGGAAUAAAUAUGGCUACUAAUUGCUUUUACCUAAUGUUCGCUUCUGCCACGGAACAACCAUGGAGCAAGGGUGGCAGUUGAUGACAAUGUCACAUUAGACAUGCGAUAUUGAACGUGGAAAAUAACAUAUUCUUCAAUCAUGUUGCACACAGUACGUUUUAACUCAGCUUUAAAGGUCAUGACAGCUCACUUCAUGUGAUUCGGUAUACAGGUAUCACCGAAAUUAUUAAAAUAAUUUAACAUUCCGAUUCCUUUACUUUAAGUUUUUUGUCUGGUCACAUGCAUCGUUCAGCGAGAUAUGAUACAAAUAGAUCAAAUUUCAAUUAUCAAUUCGUGCUAAUAUAGUAUAUGACGUAAAUACACACUGCUGAAUGUGAUAUUUACGCUAAAUAUUGGAAAUGAAAAGCAUGUACUUUCCUCCUAGUUGUUUUAUUGUCCUAAUGAUUCAAUUACGUCGAUUAUUAUGUGAUGUGUAGGUAAAUGAAGAAAAAAGUCUAUUAUUGGAAAUUAAUUAGGUAACUAAAUAAUCAGCAUCAUAUGUGCGAUACUAUUCCUUAAAUCGGGAAUUAUAAGAUUUUCAACUUUAUGUAUAUGCUCGAUUUUCGAACGUAUGUAUAUACAUAUAAGAAAAUUCUUGAUCUAGGAAAAAGUACAGUAUACAUGAUGUUGACAGAAUAAACUGUGAUAUUGAUACAACGUGAUACAUAUGAAGAAAUAAUAUUUGAUUCUCGCAUAUUUAAUUUUAAACAUAUCUCGCUACCAUGUAACAGACAAAAACUUUAACAAUUGAAAACUGUAAUAUAUGUGUCUUUCAUUAUAUUUUAUAUAUGCGAAUUCUGUACUGGUGACAGAAGUUUAAAAAGAAAGAAUUAAAAUUU